AUGCAACAACGGCAGAUCUAUUUGCAACGAGCUAGGGAAUGUAUGCGGAACCAAAGGCAGAAACAACGGGCCGAACAAAGGCCAAAAUUCACUCCCCAAUUUAGAAGUGUUUUGGUGCCAUCAUAUUUUCAGCGAUUAAGUGAAGAUGUCAGUGCAAGGAGGCGGCAAGAAAAGCUACCAAAGACGUAUUGCGGUGCACGUCUCUUCCUUAAAGACGAUGAGACAGAAUCAAAUUGUGCUGAACGCAUGGAGAAGAUAUGUGAGUUUUGCUCAGCUAAACUUUAUCCAGGCGAGGCAGCUGAUAAUACUGCAUCCAUCUGUUGCCACAAGAGCAAGGCAUACCAUCAAAUACCGGUGCAUCCAGCAGUCGUGCCCAAGACCGCAAUCAGUACACCAUUCGGACUAUUUGAGUUCCGAUAUAUGAUGUUUGGCUUGCGCAAUGCAGCCCAGACGUUUCAGCGAUUUAUGGACGACACGCUUAGAGAUCUGCCUUUCGUUUUUCCCUAUUUGGACGACACAUUGGUGGCAUCAACGUCAGUUGAGGAGCAUGUAGGGCACCUGCGAAAACUCUUUGACCGAUAUCGCGAAAGGGAUUGGUGA